AUGUCUGGAACCAUGAAGGCGAUCAAGAUCCAGGGCGAGGGCAAGGCCGCCAUCGUCGACGCGCCCAUCCCGAAGGUGCGUCCGGGCACUGCGCUGGUCAAGCCGGUGGCGCUCGCUCUCAACCCGACGGACUGGAAGCACAUCGCGUUCGUGGGAGGCACCGAGGGCUGCACGUCGGGCUGCGACUACGCGGGCGUGGUGCAGGACGUCGGCUCGGGCGUGACGACGAUCAAGAAGGGCGACCGCAUCGCCGGGUGGUCCCACGGCGGCAACCAGAACAACAAGGAGGACGGCUCCUUCGCCGAGUACCUGAUCGCCAGGGAGGGCAUCGAGCUGAAGAUCCCCGAGGGCGUGAGCUUCGAGGAGGCGGCCACGCUGGGCGUCGGCAUCUCAACCAUCGGCCAGGGCCUGUACCAGUCGCUCAAGCUGCCGCUGCCCAGCAAGCCGGCCAGCGAGCGCUUCCCCGUGCUCGUGUACGGCGGCAGCACCGCCACGGGCGCUCUGGCCGUCCAGUUUGCGAAACUCUCCGGCCUCGAGGUCAUCGCCACGUGCUCGCCGCACAACUUCGACAAGGUCAAGUCGCUGGGCGCCGACGCCGUCUUUGACUACGGCUCGGCCACGGUGGGCGCCGACAUCCGGAAGCACACGGGCAACAAGCUCUACCACGCCUUCGACUGCAUCGCCGAGGGCAACUCGGCCCAGAUCUGCGCCGACGCCCUUUCGUCGGACAGCGGCGCGAAGAAGCCCGUGUACAGCGCGCUGCUGUACAUCGAGCUGCCGCGCAAGGACGUCGAGGCCAAGUACACGCUCGGCUACACCAUCUUCGGCGAGGAGGUCGUCAAGCCCUUCAUCCCCAAGCCGCUGCCCGCUAACCGCGAAGACUACGAGUUCGGCUGCAUGUUCUGGCAGCUGUCCGAGAAGCUGUUGGCCGAGGGCAAGUUCAGCGUGCACACGCCUGACAUCAGGGGCGGCGGCCUGCAGGGCGUGCUGGAGGGCCUGGAGGAGAUGAAGGCGGGCAAGGUCAGCGGCAAGAAGCUGGUGUACAAGCUGUAA